GGAUGGUGAAAUCUGAAAUUCAGCAGCUUUACUUGUUUCAUAUAUUAAAAUGUAGGACAGUACUGGUAGAUGUAAAUGGAACAUCUCAUUGAGUAGUUCUGCAACAGCUAUAUAUGCCCCACUAAAAUAUAAGAAAGUCAAUGUGCUGCCCCUCAGGAAUGGCUUCUCGUCAUUUACUUUCCUUCUUUGUUUUCAGUAUUCUUCUGUUCUGGUUUGUAUCCUCUUCACAUUCCUUACAGGAUGAUGCUGCUGCUGCAAAAUAUACCUCUCAGAAAGUCACUCUUUCUUUGUACUAUGAGAGUCUCUGCCCAUAUUGUGCUAAUUUCAUAGUGAAUAAAUUAGUGCAAGUUUUCAAUACUGAUCUUUACACCAUUGUCAACCUCAAGAUGGUGCCUUGGGGCAACUCCGAAAUCCAAGGAACUAACCACACCAUCACUUGCCAGCACGGUGAAAAUGAAUGUUACCUCAAUACUAUACACGCUUGUGCCAUCCAUGCCUGGCCUGUGGGGAAACAUUUCAAAUUUAUCCUUUGCCUUGAAACUAAAGCCACUGAGAUUCAAGACACUGAAGCAGCCUGGAGAAAAUGUUCUGUAGAUCUGGGGCUGAGUCAGAAACCCAUUGAUGAAUGCUAUAAUACUGGAAGAGGGAAACAGAGUAUACUGGAGUAUGCUGCUGAAACAGAUGCACUGCAUCCACCGCACAGAUUUGUACCAUGGGUGGUCAUCAAUGGUCGUGCGCUUGAAGGGGAUUAUGAAAAUUAUAACGCUUAUGUUUGCAAAGCAUACAGAGGCAAUAAUGUACCAGACGCCUGCAGCUCGUAUUCACAAAUGUCAACUGUUAAGGAGACAUCGAAUAAUCCAGGCUGCUAUGCAGAAGUGACAAAAGUUCCAAAGAUGGAACCAGCAGCAUGAUUUAUAUGAUUCUUCUUCUAAUUUAUAAGAUGUGAAAGUUGUUUGUUUUUGUUACAUUAUUUGUUCAUUCGAAUUUGAAGCCACAACAGAGCUCUCACUAUUGGUAGGUGUUGUUCUUUA